AGCAUCACAGUUGUUGACCUCACCACUCCUCUUUCUACUUCAACACGGAUAGAGACCCCUCCAUAUCCGCUCUCUGGAACUGGGGCCUCGCUUCAUCAUCCCCUUCCGACAGGCUCACUAGGAACCGGCAACCACUCUGGUCCACCAUGCACCGUCAAUGUCCCUCAGGCUACCAUCGGCUGGUGGUAUGCCGCAACGUACCAGUGGCCGGUGGCAGACUUGAUGGGCGUAUCUGGUGUCUUCAAUGACAGUCAACGCCAUUAUACCACCAUGCCCCAACAGGCGACCUUCAAUGUGACGUCCGUCCUGACCGAGUAUGCCUACACGACGACUGAGGACUUCGAUUCGGAGUGGAAUAUGACCUUCACCUAUCUUCUGGACUACACCGUCAAGCCCACCGCGGCUGUGACAUCUGUCAUUACGCGGACGGCGUAUGCGCCCUUACCCUCUGGCCAAAUAAUAGCCGAAAACGACCUCGGAUUGUACCAGACUGAGCCAGGUGCACUUCCCGCCGCAUCCUUCACCGUCGCCCUUGCCAACCGGACCGUGCCUGUCGCCACGUCGGCUACACCAGUGGCAUAUUUCUCUGCGUAUGAAGUCGAAUCGGCAGUAGCAUUCACCGCUGGGGAUGGGGCUGUCGCGGUCAGCACAGUCACACGCACCUUCGCCCUCUCGACACCUUAUGCCUGUUCCUUUUGGAUGAAGGGAAUCGAAAGCACAAAGUCCGCUUCAGGCACCGUACCGCUAGAGUUCAUCCAACAGAUACCACAGGCGACAUGUUCUCCCGGGACUUUAUCUGGCUCCGUCACUGUGCUGGUAGUCGUCGAUUUGAUAUACAGACAGAUAAUCCAUGUAGAUCCUUUUGAUCUCCGUAUCGAAGAGUCCGUCCUUGGUUGGGACGACCCCGGCCCAGAAACAGACAUCCGCGCCCAUGUCCAAACCAAGGGAGGGCCUGAAGACCCGUUCAACUCUGGGCGCAUCGAAGUUCCGGCUGACGGCUUCCUCAGCGGUGGAACGCCUAGUAUCAAUGCGGGCGUUCUACAGACUGAUUCUCCAUCUCCUGCAAACCAGGGACAGGCUAGCCCGGCUGGUGCGGUCAAUGUUCCCCUGCCUACGCCCACGACUGUUGGCUCCAUUGGGACGGUUCCUGUUGUGAUCGGUCCGAGCUCCGUUGUCGUAGUGGGUUCCGAAACUUUGAAGCCAGGUUCCCAGAUCACGGUGGGAGGAAAUCCUGUUUCUCUCGAACCAGCAGGGAGUAAUAUAGUGGUUGGCACGAAAACUUCAGCGUUGCCCGUUGUCCCAGUCGGCCCUGCCCCUAACAAUCCCCCUCCUCCUAUCAUCACUAUUAGACGUUCUACACUGACUCCAAACGCCGCAACACAAUUCUCUCUCGCACCUGGACAGAUCCUCACCCCAGGAGGGCGAGCAACGCUUGACGGCACCGUCGUCAGCCUCGGCCCAUCGGCAUCCUUUGUCGUCAUCGGAGGAUCUACGCGCAUGCUCCCACCUCCUAUACCAGCCGCCACCCCUCCUCCAACUAUCGUCCUCGGCCAAUCCACCUUCACCCAACUCCCCGGCUCCUCCUUCAUCAUCGGCUCUCAAACCCUCUCCGUCGGCCACAGAGGCGCCUUCGUCAUCGACGGCCAAACCCUGGCUAUCGGCGGUCACCCCGUCACCGUAAGCGGGACCACGUUAUCCCUCGCAGCCUCCAAUGUCCUCGUCGUCAACGGCAUGACAUCGACUCUGGACGUCAUCCCCGCGGAAAUCACACCCCCGCCGCUCACCAUCGGUGAUACCGUCCUCACCGCUCUUCCAGGCGACGGCACGACCUACGAACUCGGCACCCUGCGCCUCACCCCCGGCGGCGUCAUAACCUCAGGCACCUUGACCAUCUCUCUCGCCCCAGGCGCAACAGCCCUGAUCAUCAACGGCGUCACUACGACCCUCGUCCCAGGCAAUCAAAUACCCAUCACGAACCCCCCGCUUCUAACCAUCGGCUCUGAAACCUUCACCGCAAACUCCGGGACCACGUUUACCAUCCACGGGCAGAUAUUGACGCCCGGAGGGGUGAUUAUCUUCGAUGGGACGACCGUGAGUCUCUCGCCGUUAGCCACGGAGAUGAUCGUCGAGAGCGCGGGGACGAGGGAAACGACGACGCUGUUUCCCGCGACGACGACG